AAAUUCCGGCUUUCAUUAUAUUGUUGAAGAAAAAAAUGGAAAAAAUAAUAUAACCGCGUCUUCGUCAAAAUGGAUAAACUGAAGCCCAUUAGAAGAUGUAAUUUGAUUCUCCUCUUUGCUUUGAUUUUCAUUUUCUUCUGUCCCUUGGCCGAUGGUGUCAAUUGGAACAGCCGAAAACUUUGCGAUUGGGAUGGCCUCAUGAGGUGCCAGGACUGCAAAAACGAAGAAAACAAAUGUUUCUGCAAUUCCACGCAAUUAGACACCGAACUGCACUGCAAAGACGGCAAACUGACGUAUUUUGAUGCUAGAAAUGGCGAGCCACUCUGUCCACCAAUGGGAUCUAAAAAAUUAAACAUUUCCUCUUGCGAUAAUGGCACUGAAGGAUUUCAGUUUAGAAAGGAAUUUUGCGACACGCUUGCUGAUGAGUGGAUAGAAAAACUGAAAGAAAUAACGAUACAUGCACAUCUGGAUCACAAAGGGAAUAGAAGCAACGCUACUUUGUGUCCAAUUGACCUAAAUAAAUGUCAUCCUUGUAAAUCUUCAAAUGAGCAAUGCUUCUGCCCCUCAUUGAAUGAAACGAUUGAAAUUGCUUGCAACCCGGUUGGGAAUUUUUUGAACUUGUUUGAUGGUAAAACUGGCGGUCCCCUGUGUCCAAAAUAUAAGAUUAUCAACCAAUCAGAGUGUUUUGUUGAAAACUCAACCAUCACCGGCCGCCUUGAACUAUGCGAGCCGUACUUUCUGGCCAAAUCAAAAACGACAGAAAAUACCGAAAAAGCCACUUCGUCCCCUGAUUCCACAACAGUGACGGAAAGAACAAUCGCCCAAUCGACUACCACAAGUUUUGAAAUUUCGACAAAAAACACUUUGGGGACUCAAAAAACCUCUCCUAUGCGAGAAUCAACAACUUUGAUGAGCACGAAAAUAACCGCCCAAUCGAGUACCUCAGGAAAUGAAGCAAAUUUUGCGGGAUCCACGUUCACUUUUAGCACCUCUUUUGAAACCUCAACAAUUACCGAGCAAGUCACCGACGAAACUGAAAUUUCCAGCACACCUGUUGCUGAAACAAAAGACGAUUCAAAAAUUAUGAGCGAUUGGCAGCAAAUAAUAACUUUCGGAAAGUACAUUUUGAUGGUCGUUGUAAUUUUGGUUGCACUGAUUUGUCUGUGCGUCGAGGCCGCAAAGCGCCGAAAGUCAAGCGGCGUGAGAAAAAGCAUCGAACCGCUGAGAGAGGAUCUCUGGAUUUCGCGUCCACAAAACCCACAACAAGAAGAGAUAGAAAUGAUUCAGAAUGUUGGCUACGUCGCCUUUAACGCAAAAAAUGAGAGGUCGGCAAAUAGGCAAGAACCAAUUUAUCACACAAUUCAGGAAAAGUAACAUAAUUAUAGGUGAUAAUGUUUUGUAUUUAUAUUUUCCUUUUACUAUUCAAUUAUUCUUUAAAAUAAAGCAUUUUUUUUUUUAAAUAAAGAACUUUUUUAAAUUUUGUAAAAUAUUGAUCCAAUAGUUUUGUUUUUUAGUUCUUUAUUUCUUCCAAAGGAAGCUGGAUAUUUUUAUUUAUUUUAUUGAAUUAAAUAAACCCAGAAGGAAAUGAUAACAAUAUUAUAAUUUAUUUAAUCUAAUAGUGUAAUAGUUCUAUCUAUAUGUAAAAAAAAUUUUAAUAUAAAUAUUCAAAUUUGUACAAAAUAAAAUCAACCAAAUGGCUGAAAAUGUCAUUAAAUUAGCCAUUUUGUUAAUAGAAAAAUAAAACGGAGUAGAAAAUCCUGCAUGUAAAAUUAACUAACAAUUAUAAUAAUUUGUGCUAUGAUUUUUUUUGUUUUAUUUAAGCAAUAUAUGUAUGACUUUUG